CCUGUCCUGUCCGACCUGUUGUGUCUCAGCUCUUAUGGGAGGAUGUGGGCUGCCGCCCAGCGGGAUCUAGAGGACCUCCUAGCGGAUGAAAACCCCUCAACGGCGUCCAGGCCACAGACUGACCGGCUUCAAGUCUCCCAGGACCUGGCCACCUUCUACCUCAAAUACCUCCAGAUCUUUCGCAGCCUGGAGGCCGUCUACGACCAGAUCGUCCACCCCCAGAAGAGGCGGGUGGUCAGACACGUGUUGGAUGGCGUGAUGGGCAGGUUGUUGGAACUUAAGAAUGAGAUGGUCGAGCUGGAGUUUUCCGAGUUUCACUACUUUAACGACAUGCUUCAAGACCUCAAACUCACUCCUGAGGCACUUGAAAUACCAAUCCCCCAGUAUUUUCUGACAGAGAAGAUCCAAGUGCUGAGAGAAAGAGAGAAGAUGCUCACCCACAUCCUGGCCAAAGGAGGACUCGCUCAGCAAGAGCCGAAGACACCCAUCCAGGCUAUGAGCUUGGAAGAGGCCAUGCAAAUCCUGCAGAUUUGUGAGCGUGCACGUCAGGGACGCCUCAGGGGCAAGUUCAUGAAGGAGAUCCGCCUGGCAGAGAAGGAGGGCCGUGGAAGGAGCCACACCCCCAGCAGCAGCCUGACCCCUGACCUCGCUGCUACUUGCAUCCAGAAGGUGUGGCGGGGUUACGUGCAGAGGAAGAGGACGAAGAGAGAGCGACUGGAGGAAAUGAUAUUUCUGGGAAUGCUACCUGCCAAGCCGCCUUCACUCAGCAGAGCCCGGCUGACGGCCCAACAGGCGAAGGCCAGCCGGCAUCUGGCCCAGGAGCAGAAUGAGGAGGAGUACCAGCGGGCCCUGGUCCACAUCAAGGAGUCGGUGUGGGCCACGGAGGCAUCUGACAUCAGAGAGACUCUCCAGCAGCAGAUUCGACAGUGGUUCAUGGAGUGCAGGGAUGCCACCGGGAAGUUUCCGGACUUUCCCGACGCCGAAGACGGAGGAUCAGCUUCCAUAUUCGCCCAGAAGACGCCGGAGCAGGUAGCAGCCGAACAUGCAUCAAAACAGGCGGCGAUGGUGAAGAAGAAAAAAAGCUCAGGAAAGGGUGAGAUGAGAGGCGGGAAGGACCCCAAAGCCAAGAAGAAACAAACCAAAGGGAAAACGAGAGGAAAGAAGGGAAAAGAGGAGGCACAGGAGGAGGAGAAGGGUUGGAAGGUGGCUCCCAGUAGCUUCCUCCCCGCUGUCAUGGAAGGAGCCAAGAUUUACAAGGAUGUUUGGCAGGCCUGUGAUGAGAGCCAGAAUUUCCUGCAACAAUUCAAUGUGUCACUGGUACGCGAGGAGAAAAGACUAGAGGUUGAAGAGGAGGUCAGGAUUCAGGUGGAUGAGCUGAUGAGACAGGAGCUGAAGAAUCUCAAGAUGGCCGUAGAGCGGGACAAAGGACAGAAGAAGAAGAAAAAGGGCAAAAAAGGAGGCAACAAGAUGAAGAAGAAAACCACAAAGAGAAAGAAAAAGAAGAUUGAUAGGGACCUGACAGCAGACAGGACCAUUGAAUCACUGUAUGAGGAUUUGAUUCUUGAGGGGUUUCUGAUGCAACCGAUGAAUAUCAAGCUCUCUGAUUACAUUGGUGAAUACAGUUACCUGGGCACCACCCUGCGCCAGAUGGACAUUGAGCCAAUGCCGUCUCUGUCAGACAUCCGACAGCUCAUCGCCUUGUAUGGCAUCUUGCCCCUAGGCUCGCCGGCGGUCCAUGCGAGGGCUCCCGCUGUGAGGAGCAUGCUGCUAGCUGGUCCGGCCGGUGUGGGGAAGAAGAUGCUGGUCCACGCCAUCUGCACCGAGACCGGGGCAAACCUGUUCAACCUCUCCUCAGACCGGCUGGCGGGAAAACACGCCAACCACGGUGGCCUCCAGUAUCUGCUGCACGCGGUGCUGAAGAUGGAGCCAAAGAGGUUGAAGAGAGACGUGUUGAAGCUGUUCAAGUCCUUGAAGGCGGAGGAUCGGGUUUUGGUGGUGGGAACCACUCGUCGGCCCUUUGAUGCCGACCUCAAAUCCAUCUGUAAAGUUUACACAAAGCUCAUCCUCAUCCCCCGACCCAACUACGGGUCCAGGCUCGUCCUAUGGAGGGAGCUGUUGCGUGGGGGCGGUGCUGAGCUGAGCUUCAGCCUUGACCUGAGCUCGCUGGCCAAGGUGACGGACGGCUACACGCCGGGACACAUCCGGCAGGCCGCCAGCGCCGUGCUGAGCCCCCGCAGGCUGAGCCGGCUCAGCGCGGCGCCCCUGACCGCCUCCGAGUUCAUCCCUGCUCUCGCCAGACUGGACCCUGUCUUCAGAGAGGAAGAGGAGGCCUUUAAGAUGUGGUACAGCAAGACACCACUGGGGAAAAAGAGGGUCCGGGCAGCCAAGACCACCGGGGAAGGGCCCGAGAAGGGAACAGCAGAGAGGAGCCGAGGACAGAAGAACAGCAAAGAGGAGAAAAGCAGGAUGAAAAAAAACACAAAGAAAGAAAAGAAGAAAAAGUGACAGUCAGCUGGAAGGUGAUGCAGGUGUGCAGAAAGCCUCUCUGACAACCAGAAACUCAUGUUUGGAUGUUUGGUUUGAGUUCUCUUUUUUUUUUGGACCCCCCCCCCCCCUUUUUCUCCCCAAUUGUACUUGGCCAAUUACCCCACUCUUUUGAGCCAUCCUGGCCACUGCUCCGCCCCCUCAGCUGAUCCGGGGAGGGCUGCAGACUACCACAUGCCUCCUCCCAUACAUGUGGAGUCACCAGCCGCUUCUUUUCACCUGACGGUGAGGAGUUUCACCAGGGGGAUGUAGCGCGUGAGAGGAUCAUGCUAUUCCCCCUGCCCCCCCCCCCCGAACAGGCGCCCCGGCUGACCAGAGGACCAUUAGUGCAGCAACCAGGACAAAUACCCACAUCCGGCUUCCACCCGCAGACUCGGCCAAUUGUGUCUGUAGGGAUGCCCGACCAAGCUGGAGGCAAUAUGGGGAUUCGAACUGGGGUCCCUGUGUUGGUAGGCAACAGAAUAGACCACCACACCACCCAGAUGCCCCUGCUUCGAGUUCUCAUUCAAGCAGAGGAGCUCAUAUGUCUGAAUGUCACAGAAACUGUCUUUUACUGAUUGUAAGGUUUGUUGGAACGUAUUUAGAGAUGUGUUUCCUCUGCAUGCAUGUGUUUUGUUGUAUAUCCUUGUGUGUGUGUGUGUGUGUGUGUGUGUGUGUGUGUGUGUGUGUGUGUGUGUGUGUGUAUGCACAUCAUGGAGGUCAAGUCAAGUCAAGUCAAGUUGCAUUCUCAGUGUAAUACUCCCAGCCCAGCCCUCAUCAGCUUUUCAGCCUCAGGGCUCCCCCAGUCCUGACAGACACACACCAUCAUCACACGUCUGUGGAGUCACGGGGCCGUGCAGACGAUAGGAAGAGCACGUUCACGAUGAAUAAACACACGAGAACAA